AGCAGUCUUGAUUCUUUCUUCUGUAUGGCAGCCGAGCAGAGGAAGGAGGUGAUGGAGCAGGGAGUAGGAGGAGGAAGAGGAGGGUUGGAGUGAAGCGACCAGUGGCAGGUCUGACGGUGAUGGUGAUGAUGAUGGGGAUGUGAGUCAGACGGCUGAGGAUUCGGGAUGCUCACAGACGCUCCAGACUAAGCGAGCCCUCCACACACAUCCAACCCGCAGAUAAUCUCAGAGGAUCCGGCGGUGACACGCACGCAUAAAGGUGACUGUUCCAGAGUGACAGGAGGACUUCAGAAUGCCUGAGCAGAGUAACGACUACAGGGUGGUGGUGUUUGGAGCUGGUGGGGUUGGGAAGAGUUCGCUCGUUCUUCGAUUUGUUAAAGGCACCUUCAGAGACACCUAUAUCCCCACAGUGGAGGACACCUACAGACAGGUGAUAAGCUGUGACAAGAGCGUCUGCACGCUGCAGAUCACAGACACCACAGGAAGUCACCAGUUCCCCGCCAUGCAGCGACUGUCAAUCUCCAAAGGCCACGCCUUCAUCCUGGUCUUCUCCAUCACCAGUCGCCAGUCCCUGGAGGAGCUCAAACCCAUCUACCAACAGAUUCUGGCAAUCAAAGGGAGCGUGGAUUCUAUUCCUAUCAUGCUCGUGGGCAACAAAAGCGAUGAAACAGCCCAGCGCGAGGUGGAGACGAAGGUGGGUGAGGCUCAGGCCACAUCCUGGAAGUGUGCCUUCAUGGAGACGUCGGCGAAGACAAACACCAACGUCAAAGAACUCUUCCAAGAGCUGCUGGCGCUGGAGAAGAAGCGGGACAUGAGCCUGAGCAUUGACGGGAAACGCUCAGGGAAACAGAAACGAGCCGACAAGCUGAAGGGAAAGUGCAGCGUCAUGUAGAGCAAGAGAGCAGCAGUGGAUGCAGAGGACUCGCUGUGGAUAGAUCUACAGAUUAGGCAGUCCACAUUACAUGUUCCUGAACCAGGAAGCCCAGAUAAACAAAAUGCCUGUAACCUACUGAGGCAGUACAACCUGGAACUUUUACACCAGGCCAGAACUUGACUGUAUUUGUGGUCUGUACAUAUUCCUGUAAAGCCUGAUUAGCUCCACUGUAAACAACAACUGUAAAUAACCUUGAGACUAAUUUUAUUUUGAAAUCUGGACUUUAAAAUCUCGUAACACUAGAGUUUCGAUGGUUUCUAAAUUGUGCUGGACCUGGAAAUACUUUAGGAUGAUUUAAUUUGGUGUUUGUCCUUCCUUCUGAUAGUAAUGAUUUGGUAGAUCGGAUAUAAAGCAUGCACUAUUAUCAAGGCUUAAACUGCACUCUGGGCUGAAAGCUGCUUCUAAGUCAUUACUGACCGUAACUCAUUUGUAUGCUUUUAUCUCUUCUCUGGUGGCUUGCAGCACUGGAAGAAAAAGGGAGUUCAGAUGCAACACAGAAACUCUUUCUGGGGAAAACUCAGCACCAUAAACGGGACCAGAUGUUUAAAGUUGGGUCUCUAGUUUGGAACACCAAAGGCCACAAUAGAACAUUUAUAACCUGUUUUUUCAUUCCUGGGAAAAUGGAAAAAGUAGUUUAUUUACAGUAGGGUUGGUCAUCAUUUCAAUUUAAAUUAUUCCGAUUCCUUGUUUUGAUUCCAGUUCCUAUCGAUUCUGGAUUCUUAGUCCUUAGAAGAAGAGUCAUAAAGGUUUACAUGUUAUAGAUUAGUAACCUACGGUAACUAAAUGGAAUGAAAUGGUAUGAACUUCUCAAUGAAAUUUAAUGAUUGAACAUCUAACUUAGUUAUUUUCAGCCAAUAUAAAAAUAUCAGACCUAUAAACUAUAAAAUAAAUCUUCCCAAUUUAACUUAGUUAAAUUAUCACAUGGAGCUUUAUUGUUGAAAACAUCAAUCUACUCAACUGGAUGAGGAAGUAGUGAUGUUUUACACAGGAAGGAUCAAAUUUCACACUCCAUCAUUAAGUUAGGGGGAUUUGUUAUAUAAAAGAGAUUCCAAAUAAACUAAAAUAAGCAAUCAAAUUUAUGAUUUAAAUCAUUUAGAAGAUUGGCAGCUCUAGAUUAAAGGGGUUUUCAUUAUUUUGAGAAUAAGUAUGAAACAAAGCGGGUAUGUUUUUUAAGAUUUAAUGUAAAGUAUAAAAUAGGAUCCACUCUCUCCCUGCAGAAGAUACGCCAUAAAUUAAGAGGAGGAACAAAUUCUGCCAGGGACCUUACUUUAAAAACCUGUCGCAGCAAGUCAAUGGCGAGUAUGGCUGUGUUUAAUCGUGUCAGUUGUGCGCCCUUCUUUGGAUAAUAUAAUCCCAUCGCCCCUGUCACACAUAGCCGACUGGUCAUUUCUUUAAACCACAGUUUCGAAUGCUGCUACACAAACAGGUGAAUGUACAUGCACUGCACACACUUCUUUGCUGAUAUUAGCCUGCUUUUAUUUCCAGGCGGUGGACUGGGCAUCAAAACUGGGAAUCGAAAAAGAGAAAAAAGAAAAUUUUAAUGAUUCAGGGAGAAUUGAAAUGUUAAAACUUGUACUGUUCUCAUGUCUCAGCCCAAAUCUAAUUUUAGGAAACACCUGCUGAUUCAUUGUUGAUGCUUCUGAUGUUCUCUCAGGUGGAAGACGGACAUUCUUCUACUUUAGCCAUGUCUCUGUUCCUCACACCUAACAAUAAAAACCUACUGUCCUCUUCUGCAUGAAUUUGCACUCUGCAAAGCCUUGCUAAUGAAGUAAAUGUUUGA